GUAAUUUGCAAGUGACCGUUACUGGAACAGACAUACGGAUCAGUUUGGUUGAUCCUUAACUGGAACACAGCGCAAUGAAGUUCUGUUGUGUUGCCGUUUUUCUCCUUCUGGCAUUCUUCUGCCACAGCAUUGUUUCCUGUCCGGCUUUGUGCAAAUGCUCCCCCAGAAGAAUGGAGGUAGUUUGUAAUGAGGUUCCCCUGACAGAGUACCCAACAGAGGGUCUUGCGGAGAACACCACCAUGCUGACAAUUCAGCUCACAAACAUCACCUCCAUCUCAGAACACCAUCUCAAAGCAACACCAUUUCUGCAAGAGCUCCAUAUGUAUGGGAAUCACCUUGAGAGCCUUUCUUCUCAUCUCCUCAGAGGCGUUCCUCAGCUGCAUACAUUGGAUCUGACUGGAAACAAGCUGAGUGAUCUGCCUGUAGAUGCCUUCAGCGAUGCCCCACUUCAAAACUUGGUUCUGAAGAACAAUCAAAUUAAGCGAGCAGAUGCAAAGUGGUUUCCUAAAAACAGCAGCUUGACCUGGUUGGACUUGUCUGGAAAUCAUCUGACAGAGAUCUCAGUAGGUUUGUUUCAGAGGCUUCCUCAACUAGAGAAUCUUGACUUGUCCAACAACGGACUGGAGAAGAUAUCGGUGAACUCUCUAGACCCUCUGACCAAACUAGAAAGGCUAAACCUGCAAGACAACAAGCUUGACACUUUGAAUGAAUCUGUUUUCCAGUACACACAUAACCUCACAUCUCUGUUUCUUACUCGAAACAAGCUCACCAAACUCCCACAGAACCUUUUCCAGGGACUUACCAGACUCACACAUCUCAGUCUGGACAACAACCAGCUCAGCCACAUCCCUAAAGGUUUGCUCGACCCACUAAGCUCCCUUGAGGAUGAUGGACUGGACCUGACUGUAAACCCCCUGCUUUGUGACAGGGAAGUAGAGUACCUGUGGAGGUGGCUUCAGAAGAAAAAGAAGAAGGUUUUGUUGGCAGACAACAUCACCUGUGCAUUGCCUGAGUCUCUCGCAGGGCGCUCAGUAAUUUCCCUCACAGAAAACGAUCUGAACAUCGGGUCUCAACCUUUCUGAUGCUGGCUGUCAUUAAAUGUUUGAAAGGGGUAAUUCAGGAUUUGUAAGGUCCUGAGGUCCUAUUAAACUUUACAAACUGUUAAUUUUUCGCCUGCAGUAGUUGAACCUAUACACCAUCAUGUUUGAUUGGUUGGCUAUAUACAAAUAAAUCAAUUGUUAGGUAGGCUGUGCUCCACUCAUGGUCUUUCUGUAGGAAACAUGUAUGACAAUGCAAUAUGUAAAGCAUUUCCAGUUAAACUGUGUAAUACAAAAGUAUACAAGUGUAAAAAGCAAAACCUUUACAGUUGUUUAAGUGAACACGUUUUUCCUGAUUUUUACACUCUAGCUAAAUUUUUAGAUGGUUACUCUGACAGGGAACACUUUACAUGUUUGUUCAUAGUAUAUGUUUCUACACAGGACAAUCAUUAGUGCCACACUACCUCUAACACUUUUCCUGUGUAAACAACCAUUGGAUUCAGUGUAAAUUACUGUAAAAUGCAAACCUAAUUAUUUAAAGGCUGCUAAAUUAAAAUUUCUACUACAAUUUUGAGAUGGGCUUCUUUAAACACAGAAGAACUCUGGUUUGGUCUUGUUUCCUCUCAGACUCGCUGUUGGCUUCAGCCAGUGGGACCACAUAAUCUGGACAUGAAAAGUAAUCUGCUCCAUUUCAGUAAAACCUUACUCUAACUACCCUUUAAGCAUAUUUCUAUAUUAAUAAGUACCUGAUUAAAUAUGAUACAAACUAAAGGUUUGGGAAUCUCUGUUUACUCCUUUUUGGUUACUACAAUCAUGUAUUCUGAACAUUUAGAUGUGAUGAUAGAGGAUCAACAAUCUUACGAAGGUUUGUCACAGUUUGACAUAAAUGUAUGCAUUAUAUGCCUGCAUGUAUGCAUGCAUGUAUGUGUGGAUAUGCCAAGCUAAGACUAACCUUGAUAAAGUUAUACGUAUAUAUCCAAGAAAGCCACUUUUCAUCAGUCAUUUAAAAGAUAGAGCAGAGGUGUUUUGGUGCUGAUUUCACUGAAGACUGCAGGCUGGCAGUCAUUUUAAUAUAAUUUGUAAAGUCAGUUUUUGUCAAAGGGAAACUAAGCCUAUUUCUGCCACUUGGGAAAAAAAAUACACAUUUGAUUUCAUGAUUGUAAGUUUCAAAGUCCUACGUUUAGGUUUCAAAGGCAUAAUUAUGUUAUUCAAAGUAAUAUUUCUGAGAUACAUAUGUGCAUGUGUAUUAUACAACAUAUAACAUUUUAACUACUAAGAAACACUAGCUGUGUUAUGCAUAGCCACCACUGAUGUGUCACUGGUAUGAAAAAAUGAAAAAUCGAAUUAUUUGUAUGACAGUUAUGUUCCUCGGUUCACCUUAUUGAUCAUUUACAAGCAUUAUUUUAGUGUAAAACCUCUUCUCCAGAUAAUUGUUUAUGUUCUUCUGCUAAGUAAAGCUUUACUGGAUUAGUCUGAAAUUUGCAAUGAAGAUUUAGGAAACAUUAAGCAGAGUUUGCUGUAGUUUUACUGAAGUUAUGUUCCUUUUUUUUUUAUCAAGAUUUGGAGCAAUUAUUUCCAUUCUGCCAUAGCUAGGUGUCAAUUGGUCCUACAUGAAACCUUAUUUUAUGAGAUAUUCUUUCUUUUAAUCUUUUCAACAAUUAUAACAUUAAAAUGGUUCAUAUCAAUGAUAGGGGCUUGACUGUAGUUCUGAAAUUUAAUGCAGAUGUUCUUCACUUAAACAUUUAACAUGUCAACAUAUACAUGUGAGAAUACUACCGAUUUGGCCUUGUUGUUGUUGAAUUUUAACCUUGGAUUACAUAUAAAAAUAGUAGUAAGGCUUUAAGUGUCAUGUUGUCAUCAUCACCUCUCCCUACAUAUCCCUUUUAUAAUAAACAUAUUUGUGAAUCACU